GGGGAAGAAAAAAAAAAAAAAAAAAAGCAGAAGCCACAACAAGAACGGUGGAGUUUGGCGUGGAGCGUCGUUUCUACACGAACCGACCGCCGCUUGGCUGAGGGAAGAAUGCUCGAAAACAAGAGGGAGAGGUUGAAAACCUUCCUCAGGAAGAUCGACGAGAAGGCCAUUGUCAGAAUCAAGCACUUCAUGAAAGAGAGCAGCUACCCAGUAGAGAGCAGUGGUGGUGGACUGCCAGCCAAAGUGAAGAAGAGCAGGAGCAGCUUAAGCAAUGGCAGCAUCAAGAAGAUGGAGACCAGGAAAGCCUUGAGCCUGGAGGCAGCCCAGAUCGAGCUCCAGCAACAGCACAGAACCCUCACCAGACAAGUAGCCAUCAGAUCGCAGACAUUCGAUGUUGACAACAGAGGCUUUGAGAAGACGGAAGGCCCAAGCACACAAAGUAGUUUCAUAAAACACAACAAGACAUUCCACAAGUUGUUUCCUGACAUUCCUGAGAGCGAAGACUUGAUACAUGCAUACAUCUGUGCCCUGCAGAAGGAAGUGCCCUACCAUGGUCGGUUGUACAUCACAGACACCCAUGCCUGUUUCUAUUCUUCAGUCUUACUCAAGGACACAAAGGUAGUGAUUCCAGUUUCCUGCAUCCACUUAGUGAAGAAGCAGAACACAGCUUUGCUGGUGCCCAACGCCUUGUCAAUCCGCACCACAGAAGGAGACAAGUACCUGUUUGUGUCGCUGCGGAACAGAGAAUCGUGUUAUCAGCUGCUGCAUUCAGUCUGUUCUCAACUAGAGGAUGGUAGCACAAAUAGUAGCCCUGUCUUCUCCUCAGCCGAGAACAGCUUUGAUAAGAGCAAACUUGUGAACUCCAGCCAGUCAAGUCUGGACGACAGCUUCGAUCAAUUCGAUUGCUCUGAGUUUCAGCCUUUACAGGACCAGCCUCUGCAUAGACCACACACAGAGGCAGUGCCUACUGGAAAUGGCUCUGCUUUCAGGAGCCUGCACAUGCAGCAGAGUGAUAGCUCGUCUUCAGAGGAGCUGUCAGCGUCAGGUGGAUCGUGGGUUUGGAAUGUGACAGAAAAGGCCAAGUCCCUGCUGGUUCAGAGAGAGGCCAGUACCCUCAACACUCUACUCUUCAUUUACUUGAUUUUGGUUGUCCUGCUGCUGCUGUCUUCAGGUUAUAUUGGUUUGCGUAUUGUGGCCCUGGAGGAACAGUUGACAUCCCUAGGGGCACUGCCUGAGUUCACUUUACAGAGCGGGUACCGCCAAGACACAUAACACUCAGUGACUGAAGGAGAGAUUGGUUGACUCGUGACCGGAGGAUUAUUUCGGCCUCUUCCCAGCAGAACCCAGCGGGAGAACUUAAAUGUACUCACUGUGCUGCCAGCAUGGCCAGUGCUUGAGGAAGAGUGGCCGAUCUGUGCAAUUUCACUGACAACUUGUUAACUUGAAGGGCUAUACUUCCUCCUAGUGCAGUAAACAAAAGGACAUGCCACAAGUUAGUCACACAGAGCCGAGCCAAAAUGCAUACACACGCUGCCCGGUUGCAGCGUGUCUGUCACUCAAACCAAAGCCAAACGGCUCUAACUUAGCAAGGUGCAACACUAGCCAAGUUGAUGGGUACUUUCCUGACAGAAGCUGUUCCACAUCUGUGAACUUGAGUUACCCAUGGUCCUUCAUACAUUUUCAUCUCCCUGAGCAUGCAGUCUGAACAGGGCUAUACCAAUCAGCAUUAGCCUGCUGUAGUACUUAUUGUUGCACCUCAACACAGGGGACGUAGUGCUAUGCAUAGCCAAAGAUGCACACAGUGCACGUCUAUUGCAUGAGUGCAAAAAGAUGACUUGUAAUUGAUUUUUCUAUCUCUUAUUUUCCCUUCAAUCUAUUAGCAGUAUAUAUAAAUCUGUCUCUCUGUUUGAAUUCAGUAACAUUUGGGUACUUCUCUUCGAAUGGCUCUUAUCUUCCCUAAUCAGCGGUGGGUUGAAAUGAUGAUAGUGGAAAUCUCUAAUUCAGAUCAGCCCAUGGAGGCUUGAUAUUCUCCUGAUGGUCUUAUCCUUUCUCUCUUUCUCCAGUCAGCAAUGAUUGCAGUAUCACUUUCCUCAUCUUUGGCAUGAUUUAAACUUGUUUAAUGAUCAGUGCUCAGAGGUUAUUCUUUCUCCAGUCUCCACUGGAUGAAUGCAUCAUCAAUGCACAAAUAUUUAGUACGAAAGGACACGAGGAGGUUGUCUAAGAGGCAUCAGUGUGUUUGUGUAUGGCUUUUCUAUGGCUUAGGUCUUCAAGAGAAGACUUAAAAUCUGUCUGGUUCAGAUGUCUGUUGAUGUACUGUCUACAAGGAAAAAAUGACCAUGUUGUGUUAAAGUACAAACCUAACUCUUUGACCGGCCUCUUCAGGGCCAAGUGGCAUUUCUACAAUUUUCAGGUUAUUUAAAGUAGCACCGAUAAUUUGUUUCUAAUGUUAAUACAUGUCUGCAAACUCGACACUUAACCGAUACUGUGCGUGCAUUCUAACUCUCAUCGCCCAGAGAGGAGAGUUUACAACCACACUUGCUGCAAAGUCCAAGUUUUCAUCAGCAAAACAAGUGGUCCCAAAAAGAAUUUCAAUAUGCAACAAAUUAUUAUGCAUGGCAAAAUGUAAUUUAUCUUUGUGUGCUGUUUUUAAGUGGAGCUUGAUGUUUUUGGCGAAGAAAUGGUGUAAGAAAAAACAAAAACAAAAGAUGUGAGUGAAAGGAACAGCUCAAGCGAGCGAGCGCACUUUAAAAAAUGUGGUGUGCCUGUCACAAUCCAUGACACUGUUUGGGUUGAGAAAAAAUGGCAAAGCUGACGUUCUGUGGUAUCUGACGGUGCUAAGACCUUUUUUAAAAUUCUUUUCACUCAGGGGUGGUGGGCACUGCCUGCCACGUGGUUUUAGGUUCUCAUCUCCUUUGCCAUUUCAACGUCUAGUGCUCAUGAUGGAGUUCACAUUCUGGCUGCAUCUUGGCUUCGGCGGUUUCUCAAAUGUCCUUUUGAGGAAGAACACUUUUCAUUGAGAUUCACUCGACUUUGCUAAUUGAUUUAACUGAAUUGAGCCUCUCCGAAUGCUUUCCUUUUCCCCUCUUAUGACCCUUUUCAUCUGACCUAACAAUGCAUAUCCACACCACAUCUCAAUGAUUUGACAUCCCCCUUAUUGUGGAAGCUCUUCUUGACGAGGUGUAGCAGGUGGGUUUACCUUUGCUGCAUCCUGUCUCGGGAGAGUCACAUUCAUAAGGUUUCGCUAAGGUUUUUGUUCAACAUGCCAUAUACAGUACUGUCAGUUGUUAUAAUCCCCCACCAGGGGGCAGCACACAUCCACUGUCCUCAAAUGGACUCAAUGCAAGAAUUUCAAUGAUGAGGACAGUAUUUGUGUGGUUUUGCACUAUUCAAAGUGUUGUAAAUAAUUUUUGUAUCAAUUGUUAAUGUCCUUAAUUCUGGUCCUAUAUAUAUUUAUUUGCAUUCUGUGUAAUUCAAAGUAGUCUCUGUGAGAUGGCUUUGCUAUUGUUCAAAAUAAAUCAAAUGUUGCAAAGUAAA